GGUUGAAAAAAAUAUUAUUUUUAAUAAGACGUAGGAAAAAAAACUUUUUUUCCGCACAACGAAAGAGUGAUUUGAAAAUGCUACAUGAAAAUUGUUGAUGUAAUGACUACAAACGAUAAGAAAAAGGAGAUGUCGCGACUGCCGAUUAAAUCAGCGUGUAGCGACCGCGAAAACGCACGAAGCGGCAACGUCGCGUCGCUCGGUUGGUCGACGCGACGACACGAUCCACUGCCUACAUUGAUUUUACAAGUCGCUUGAACCUACGUGAGCGUUAGUCGCCGCGAGUUACGUAUCGCGUCAAGUCGCGUUCAAAAUACUAUUGAAACUUUUUGUGGAAAAGUAGCUAGUCGCCAUAGACUUAAAAAAAAAGUUUUUACACAGUAGCGACAACGACUUGUUCACUCGUUGCGUCAAAAAUGACAUCAAGGAAUCUUAAAGUCAGCAGGAAAACUUUAAUAAAUAUUGUACUGGAAGUACAGAAGCGACCUUGCCUUUGGAAUCCUGAUGAUGAAGACCACAAGAACAGAGGACGCGUAGCGGUUUCGUGGGAGGAGAUCACCGCAGCUCUGAACAUACCAGAAACCGUCAUCCGAGCCAAAUGGAAGAGCAUGAGAGACAUAUUCAAAAGGGAAAUGAAGAAAUGCAAAACCAACUCGCAAGGCGAACUCCGGUACACAGGCAAAUGGCGGCACUUCAAACUUAUGUGGUUUCUGCACAAAAACAAAAAUGCACAAUUAGUUGAUUACGAUCCUAAAGAAGUCAGUAACACCAGCACGGAAUCUGAGGAAUUUAUUAAGGAAGAAGUCAAUGAUAGAGACAUGGAUGAAUCGGAUGGUAACAAUGUACCGUUUGAAUUCGCUGUGGAUUUCCAACCAGAGCAGGAUCCGUUGCCGGUCAAAAGAAGGCAGUCGUCCGAAGUCGAUUAUGACUUGAUGUUUCUAAAGUCUUUGGUUCCGUAUUUUAGAGAGCUGGAACCAGUUCGCAAGUUGAGGAUACGGAGUAAAAUACAAGAUAUAAUUAUAAAUGAAAUCAAUGCUCAGGGGAAUUACAAUUCGACGCAUUAGUUACAUUUUUUAAGGUGAUGUGUCAGGAAUCAUGCUACUUUAAGUAGCUAGGUGCGCAUAAUAGUAUCCAAGGGAUACUGGACUCAAUUAUUUUUAUUAAGUUUUGGACUGCUUUGGCUAGAAACAAAGUUAUUGUUGGUUUUUUGCCAAGAAGACGGUAGAAUUUAUUAGAUAAGUACCUUUAAUUCGUAGUCAUUCCACACUGAUUAGUUAUUACGUGAAAGUUGAAAAGAUUGUAUGGUUACUAAAAUUAACACUGUGUUAUGUACCUUUUGGUGAGGUUUUGAGAGUGUUUAAUCUUCAUGAUGAGUUAUUGUUAUAAGUAAAUUGCAUAUCAAUUAAAUUGAAAAUGUUAAAUAUAAUAUCAGUUAUAACAUA